AUGAACCGACUUGUAAGUAUUUAGUAUUAUAAUAUAUCAAUAUUAAAUAUAAAAUUGUUAAAAAUAAAUAUUUUUAGGAUUAGCAGAAAUUGAUUAAUUUGUUUUGCUUUUGUAUUACAAUAUAUGUAUUAUUGUGAAACUGUAUCUACAUUAGUUUAUAUAUAGAUAAAUGAACACAAAAUAUUCAUAAUUGUAAUAGUUAAUGUUUUUAAAUUUCUCACUUCAUUGCCUUCAAAAUUGUAAACAACUAAAAUAAAUUAUUAGUAUACCUAGUUAUAAUAUAUAUUUAUUAUACAAGUAGGUAUUAAUACUGUUAACCCUGCAUAGUUACUAACUUUCCUACAUACCUGUUAUUAAUCCAUAACCUGCUUUUUUCUUUUUUUUUUUAUCUUAUACUGCUAGAUAUUAAUCAUUAGGUACCUAUCUACUAUAGUUGUUUAGUAUAAUAUUAUUUUGUUUAUUACUUUAGGAGAUAUUAAAUUCUUUGUCUUCGAGUUUAUGGAAUAUAAACCUUGAAGACAUAAACAAAAUAAUACAGUCAAUAUCUGCUUUGCCAAUAAAAUCAGCUUCAUCACUUGAUGAAGUUACAAAUAAAAUACAUUGUAAAGUAUGAAGCCAUUAAAAUAUUAACAAAAUAUUAGUUAAAUUUAUUUUAUGUACAAUUGUAUCUUUUUAGAUAUUAAAAAGAUACCAUAAUUCAGAAUUGUAUGCUCAGUUGUGUACAAGUUUGAUAAAGGACAAACAAUUUAAUACAUGUAUUAGCCAACAAAAUACAUUUCAAAAAAUCUUGAUGCAAAAAUGCCAAAUGGUUUUCAAUAUGUAUAAAAGUUAUCAAAACGACUUAAAAAAUAUUAGAGAUAAAUUUAGACAUCAAAAAUACAUGGUAAAUAAUUUUUGUUUUAUGUAUAUUUAAUUAUUUAUUACUGAAUAUUAGUUAAGAGUUUAAGACUAUUAUACGAGGUUUCAUAGAUUAAUAUAAUUGUAUUUCAUUUUACAAAUUUAUUAUUCAAUAAUAUUAAAUAUUUAUUUCCUAGACACCAACAAAACUCUGCAGUGAAUUAAGCAAUUUCCAGUGUAAUCACUAUAAUAAAUUGUUAACCAACUGCAAGUAUGUUUUUUUUAUUAUUAAAUAUAUAUUUAUUUUAUGGACAAUAAUAUUUUUAAUAGAUUUCUUGCUGAACUAUACCAAUUCGGGGGAAUUAGUGGAAAAGUAAUAUUAUCAUGUGUUACAGAAUUAUUAAAUGUAAAAGAAGAACUACAGAUUCAUUGUUUAUGUAUAGUUUUGAAAAUAACUGGAAAAAAAUUAUCAAAAGUAACAAUCUGAUAAAUAUUAAAUAAUAUUACACUAGCUAGAUAAGUUAAAUUCAGAGUAUUGUACUAUAUUGUUUCAAUUCAUUAAAUCUGUAUUUAUGUUCUUAUUAGAUUUAAUAAUUUAAUAUUUAAUGUGUAUUCACCCUUAAAAAACCCUGAGUCUACCACAUAUCUGAUAUUUUUUAAUUUAAUUUUAUGGAUAAAUAUUUAUUAUGACAUUUUUUUUAGAUUUAUAAUUUGGAUCAUAUAGUAAGUCAACUUUUAUCAUUUACAAAUGACGAGACUUCUAUAGACAAUGAAUUGUCACCAAUAAUCAAAUCUUUGGUACAUGAAAUAAAAUCUUUAUUUGAUUUUGGUUGGAUAAAUAAAAGUAAUUGUUCUUCAUAUUUAACUGGUAAAUAAUAUUUUUGUUUAAAUAAUAAAUCAACAAAUUAGAGUUCAAAACUUUUUUAAAGUAGAUAAAUCUUGAGAGUCCUUGAAUUAUAAAAUACAUUCUAUUAUUUGAUAGCAUAUUUUAUUUCUACUAAACUCUAACUAUCUCCUCAAUAACAAUAAGAAUUGUCCUUUCUGCUAUCAUUAAUCAACUUUUCACUUAUAUCCCUUUCUAUCCCUCUAACCAUGACUCUAAUUUCGACUAUCUGUACUGUAUCUAAAAGUGCAGAGCUCUAUGUGAGAGCACAUCUUAAACCACCUUCAAGCCGCCUCUGAUUAUAAAACUAAGUAUCCAGAAAGCUGUGUAAAAAUUAAAUGUUUAAAAGUUAAUUUUGAUUUCAGUUGCAAUAAUAUUUUAAAAAACAAUAGUUUAUAACAUUUCAAAAUCAAAGUGACAAGGUAGAUAAGAAACUGAAUCAGUUGUAUUAAACAAAUUUUUAAAACACAUUGUUUUUUAUUGUGUAACCCUAACUACACAUGUUUAUAAUUUAUUAUGUGGUCAUAUUAAAUUAACAAUUUUAAAAUUAAUACUUCCCAAUACUGAUUGUGAAUUAAGUGUUGUUGAAUUAUAAAAUAUAAUUUAUUUAGAAAUACAUUUGCAAUGAUUAUACUUCAUUAUUCUUGUAGUCAAUGAUAUUUGAUUUUUUUUUUUAUUAUUAGAUUCUUUUGAAUUAGUAAACCAUAAAACAAAUGUUGAAAAUAAUGAUCAUAUAUUACCAUUUCAAUCACAAAAUUAUUUUGUGUCAAAAUCUAUGGAAAUGUUGGCUGAGUCAGUUUAUGAAGAAUGUUAUGAAAUUCUUUUUAUGUUUAUUCACACAGAAAAUUUUGAAGUGAGUAAACAUUGUCACUUUUAAUAAUAAUACUUAUAUAUGUAUAUUAUUUUUUUGUUUUUAAAUGUUACUAAUAUAAAUUUUAAAAAAGUAGACUAAUUUGAAUUUUAAAGUAUACAUUGUUAAAUACAAUAAUAGAUAGGUAUUUUGAACUUAUAUAUUUAAAUAUUAUUUAAAUGAUUCAUUAUUUUAUGUGUAUUUUUUUGUAUCUAUGAAUAACUUUUUUACCAGUAAAUUUGCUCCGAAGUUUGAACUAUAGCACUUUUUCUGAAAGGUAAUUUUCUCUUGUUGGUGCAUUGGAGAGAUCAUUUUUGAUUUUCCAAUGAGUUUUCACAAUAAUCGGAAAACUCUGAAAGAAAACUAUAGGUAAAACAGCAAAUAUUUAUGGCAUAACCGUUUUUAUUCAUUAACAUUAUUUUCUCAGAUAUAUUGCUCCAAUCCAAAAAUUAUAUUGUAUUGAUUUUGUUCCAUUUUAUACAUAGCCAUUAGCCACUGACAGAGAUAGUCAAUUUUUGAUAUCUAAAAUAUUUUUCCUAAUAUUUGGAAAAAACCAAAAAAGAUGAAAUUACAAUUUUUACAGAUUAUGGCACAACAUAAAUAUUUAUCUAAUUGAAAAGCAUCAAGAUAUCUUUUUUGUUGAAUUUUUAAUCUAAUUGAUGACCAAGAAAGUUGGUUUUUGUUUUUUUUUAGUUUCUUUUAUUUAUAAUACAAAACUGAAAAAUACAGGGUUUACGAAAAUUAUUCUUUUCUCGUUCCUGUAUUAGCUCUUUUUCGAUCAUUUAUAUUUGUUAGUAUACAAUUUCCAAAAUUGUAUAAUAUAUGUAAAUUAUUUUAUUAUUACUUUUUUUAUCCUUUAAUAUUAUUACUCAUUAUGUCAAAAUGUAUCAAUACUACUUAAUAAAAUUCUCGCUCCUGAAUAUAUUAUUAUGUUUUUUAUUAUAAUAUUUACAGGAAAUUGUACAUUUACUUACUGUUAUCAAUACAUGGCUUCAUUAUGAUGGUGUAUCGUUUGCUGUUGCCAUGAUUCUUGUAGCAAUAAUAUAUGAACAAAAAACAUCUGCUCGGAAACUUUUAGAUAAUCUUGUGAAUGAAGGAUGGUUAUCGAAAGAUUCAAUUCAACUUGGGUAAGUAAAAUACUGAUCUAAUUUUAUUAAAUUAUUUAUAGCUAUUUGUUCACUGUUUUAGAAUUAAUAGGGUAUUGGAUGACAUAGAUGAAAUUGCAAUUAAAUCUUUAAUGGACAUCAGUAAUGAAUUUAGUUUUGAGUAAUGUUAUUUAUUUAUCAUAUUGAAUGAAAAAGUG